AUGGCGGACGAUAACACAACCAACAACGUCGGAGAAAUCGAAGAAGAAACCCCUUUGAUAUCGACCCAGAACCCAGACCCGAGUCCACUAAUAACCCGAUCCGUACGCACGAAGGUGCCCGAGGCGGAGGUGCACGUAUAUCGGCAAGGGAAGGGCCCGAUCGAAGUGUUUAAGACGGGCCUCGGCGGGUGGGAGCAGGAUCAGCUGGAGAUACGAGAUAUUCUCAACAAAUAUGGGUUCAAGAUGGCUUACGCCUUCAGUCCUGGGUCGGGCCGCGGAGUGCCCAUCCGGUUCAACCCCCGUAAUGGUCGAUCCUUGAUCACUUACAGUGACGGUGCGGUUGUUCACAUUGACGGCGAGCCCAAGGAUUCUCUUCUCAAGCCUAUUACGAAGAUAUUGUUAGGCGUAGCCAUAAUUACCUUCAUGAUUAUUUUGGUUAUGAAAGAGACUCCAGAAUGGAUGAAAAAACUCAACUUCUCGGGAGUUCACUUCCCUCCAUGGAUCCUGGCUUGCGUGGUUGUAGGCGGCAACGAGAAAACGAGCUUAGACUUGGCAGUCCUGAUGGCGGUGGAGAAGAGGAGAAUUGACAUCUCGAAAGCGGCUGAGGGCCUGGCAGACCCAUUGGGUGUGGGAAGAGGAUACAGCGAUGGAUCAGCAUUCGGAGCUACAGAAGAGUGA